AUGCUCGUGGACCCCGAAACGCUCCGUAUCAGCGCGAUGGUCGAUUUUGAGUGUACGAAUAUUCUCUCGGCCCCGCUCACCUACGACCCUCCCUGGUGGCUACUUUCGACUGGGCCUGAAAUAUGGGUUGAUCGCGGCUCUACGGAUGAAUUUCUAGGCCUCUAUGAGCCAAGAAUGGAGCAGUUCCUAAAAGCGUUAGAAUGGGAGGAAGGGGAGUUGGGACUAAGGAGAAACCCAGUCGGUGGAUCACUUCUCUCAGUCCGGAUGUGUGACUCGUGGAGAAUUGGACGUUUCUGGUUUGAUUAUGCCGCACGAAAGAGUUUCAAAGUAGAUAGCAUCUACUGGGUUGCAUUGCAUCACGAAGCCGCUGACCUUGAGUUGCUUCAUGACAAGGCAGCCCGACCGGAUAUUCUACCUUAUUAA